AUGUGCCAUACCAGCUGCUCCUCAGGCUGCCAGCCAGCCUGCUGCGUGUCCAGUCCCUGCCAGGCAUCCUGCUGCGUGCCUGUGGGCUGCCAGUCCUCCGUGUGUGUGCCCGUGAGCUGCAAGCCAGCCGUGUGUGUGCCUGUGAGCUGCCAGUCUUCCGUGUGUCUGCCUGUGAGCUGCCAGUCAUCUGUGUGCUUGUCUGUGAGCUGCAGGCCCGUUGUGUAUGCGGCCCCCUCCUGCCAGUCCUCCGUGUGCGUGCCUGUGAGCUGCAGGCCCGUCGUGUAUGUGGCUCCCUCCUGCCAGUCCUCCGGGUGCUGCCAGCCCUCCUGCGCCAGCGUCCUCUGCAGACCCAUCUCCUGCGGCAUCCCUUCCUGCUGCUGACCAUGAAUCUCCAGACCCGCUGCUCCCAGUGCAGAUGAGGCCACACCUGCACACUCCCCGGAUGAGUCCUCAGUUGGUCUUCUGCACAUGGGGCAGGUGAAAAGCAUGCUCAGUGAACCCUCUGAAUUCUGGAUCGAGAAUAUGACAGAAUGAUCUGGAGCCCUUGCUGACCUUGCCCAUUCCCCCAGGGAAGUCCGGGGUCCCAGAGUCAUUCUCUGACCCCACGAGAGCCAAAUAAACCAGCUUUCCCUAUGCAGCUCUGCGUUUCUGGUCUUUGUUUUUUAUUUCCAUACUCCCCGCUGUCUAUUCUGCUGAUUACAUAGAAUUUGCUGCUAAACCCUCUUCAGUGGUCCCUUCACACAAUCCUCAUCAGAAGGUGGUGUCCCGGGUGGAGGGCACGGCUAAAGAUGCCCAUAUGGUCUCGCCCAAGACUCCCAGGGCCCAGGUGCAGUGGCCACAGCUGUGACUUACCCGCCCGUGGUGGAGUGAGUGGUCUUCCCCACUGGCUGUCCACUCCUGCUCCAGGCCAGCAAGCCCUGCACUGAUGGCCAAAGCCUCAGAGGACCAAGGAUCAGGUUUUCCCAUGUGGUUGGUGGACGUCCUGUUCCCAGGUUGCGGAGGAUCUCGGGUUUACAGAACUGGAUUAGUUCUGCAGCACACACUCCCAUCACUGGUCCACAUAUGGCACUUUUAAAAAAUUGAUACAUAAUAUCUUUAUGUAUUUAUGGGGUAUAUGUGAUACUUUACACACAGAGGAUAUGUAAUGAUGAAAUCAGGAUAUUCAUCACCUUGUCUAUCACUUCUCCGUGUUGAGAACAUUUUACACUCUCUCUUCCAGCUGAUGUGAGACAUACAAUACAUGGUUAACUGUAGUCACCCUAUGCUGAUAUCAAAUACUAGAACUUAUUCUUUCUGUGUAACUGCAUGUUUGUACCCAUUAACCAAACUCACUUCCCCUCUAACACACACCCCUCUUCAACUCUGGUAAUAUCAUUCUACUCUACUUCCACGAGAUCAACUUUGUAAACUCCCACAUGUGAGUGAGAACAUGUAAUAUUUGUCUUCAGUGACCUUUGGUUCCAUCCAUGUUGCUGCAAAUGGCAUGACUUCAUUCUUUUUUAUGGCCGAAUAAGAUUCCAUUGUGAAUA